AUGGUGAACCUGAGCAACAAAGCAGACAUCUGGAGACUGCUGGGCACAGAGACACUGCCGCACGCCUCAGAGGAGUACAUUAACAUGUGUCACUUCUCUGUGGACCCUGCAUCUCAAACAGGGAACAAGUCCACAGUCCUGCCCACAGUCCUGCCCACAGUCCUGCCCACAGUCCUGCCCACAGUCCUGCCCACAGUCCUGCCCAUAGUCCUGCCCACAGUCCUGUCCACAGUCCUGCCCAUAGUCCUGCCCACAGUCCUGCCCACAGUCCUGCCCACAGUCCUGCCCACAGUCCUGCCCACAGUCCUGCCCACAGUCCUGCCCACAGUCCUGUCCACAGUCCUGUCCACAGUCCUACUCACAGUCCUGCCCACAGUCCUGCCCACAGUCCUGUCCACAGUCCUGCCCACAGUCCUACUCACAGUCCUACUCACAGUCCUGCCCACAGUCCUGCCCACAGUCCUGCCCACAGUCCUGCCCACAGUCCUGCCCACAGUCCUGCCCACAGUCCUGCCCACAGUCCUACUCACAGUCCUGCCCACAGUCCUACUCACAGUCCUGCCCACAGUCCUGCCCACAGUCCUGCCCACAGUCCUGUCCACAGUCCUGCCCACAGUCCUGUCCACAGUCCUGCCCACAGUCCUGCCCACAGUCCUGCCCACAGUCCUGCCCACAGUCCUGCCUACAGUCCUGCCCACAGUCCUGCCCAUAGUCCUGCCCACAGUCCUGCCCACAGUCCUGCCCACAGUCCUGCCCAUAGUCCUGCCCACAGUCCUGUCCACAGUCCUGUCCACAGUCCUGUCCACAGUCCUACUCACAGUCCUGCCCACAGUCCUACUCACAGUCCUGUCCACAGUCCUGUCCACAGUCCUGCCCACAGUCCUACUCACAGUCCUGCCCACAGUCCUGCCCACAGUCCUGCCCACAGUCCUACUCACAGUCCUGCUACAGAACCACGGUAUGAAAACAGAACAUCCAGAUUUUGCCUAG